UUACAUGAUGAAAAUAUGUCAGCAUUAUCAUUUGAAAUCAGCUGUAAACUUUAUAAGUUUUGAUUAAAUAAAACGCUUUUCAGAUUUUAUUAUUGAAUAAUUAAUGUAACAAUUGUGUUUUUAAAAAUAAUGGCUUCUCGAUUUAGCGGUGCACUGCAAUUGACAGAUCUUGAUGAUUUCAUAACCCCUUCACAAGAAUGUAUAAAGCCAGUAAAAAUAGAAAAAACUAAAAGUAAAACAGGUGCAAAGAUUAAAAUCGGAGAAGAUGGUUACUUUGACUUGUCUUCUGGAAAAGAGCAGAAGUUACAAAAGGUUGAAAUUACUCUUGCCGACUGCUUGGCUUGUAGCGGCUGCAUAACUUCCGCUGAAAGUGUGCUCGUUACCCGACAGAGCCAGGAGGAACUCUUGAAAGUAUUUUCGGACAGGAGGUAUACAGAUACUAAGGGAGUGACACGAGAUGUGACCUUGAUCGUUAUAUCAGUGUCUAUACAACCCUUAUUGUCUUUGGCUGCAAGAUAUAAAUUAGAGCCAGAGGAAGCAAUGAGGAAAUUAGUAGGAUAUUUCAAGAGUCUCGGUGCAGAUCUGGUGUUAGACAUGACAGUAGCUGAAGACAUGUCUCUGCUAGAAGCACAGCAAGAGUUUGUGCAGCGGUACCAGAAUCAACAGCACGACCCUUCUGCUAAACAAUUACCGAUGCUUGCUAGUUCCUGUCCAGGUUGGGUCUGUUACGCAGAGAAAACCCAUGGCAACUUCAUUCUGCCAUAUAUAUCAAGCACUAAAUCUCCGCAACAGAUAAUGGGUUCACUAGUGAAACAGCACCUGGCGACUAAGCGUGAACUAAACCCCAGUGAAGUGUACCAUGUAACCUUCAUGCCCUGCUACGAUAAGAAGUUAGAGGCGUCCCGGGAAGAUUUCUACAGUGAAAUACUCAAUUGUCAUGACGUGGACUGUGUUAUUACUGCAAUCGAACUAGAACAGAUGCUGGAGAAUGGUGGCCAGUGCCUGUCAGAAGUGGAGGGCGCUGAUGUAGACUGGCCGUGGGGGGAGCCAGAGGCUCAGGGGGUGGCAGUGAGGGCCCACGUGGGUUCGGGCUCCGGCGGGUACGCGGACCACGUGUUCCUGUACGCGGCUGAGCAACUCUUCGGAGAGACCGGCGUGCAGCUCGCUUACAAGAACUUAAGAAAUCCAGACUUCCGCGAAGUGACGUUGGAAAAAGAUGGUAAAGAAGUAUUAAAGUUUGCGAUAGCGAACGGUUUCCGGAACAUUCAAAAUUUAGUGCAGAAGCUGAAACGUGGGAAAUCACCCUACCACUACGUGGAGGUCAUGGCUUGCCCGUCAGGUUGUUUGAAUGGUGGUGCCCAAGUGCGUCCGAUGCAGGGCGAGAGCGGUCGCGAGCUGGUCUCCCAACUUCAAACGCUUUACAGCAGUUUGCCGGUCUCCCGUCCAGCGCAGAACAAGCUCGUCAAGCAGUUGUACAGCGAUUGGCUCGAUGGAAGAGACUCGGAUAAGGCGAAGGCAUUAUUGCAUACCUCGUAUCACGCGCUCGAGAAAAAUGAUAUGGCGCUCAAUAUUAAAUGGUGAUCUGAGAGAGAAAGGUUGACGUUAGACCACUCGCAUGAAACUUCUGGCACUAAGUUUCGAAAUUACUCUGGGUCUUUGUUAUUUGGAUUUUUUGUGCUUCAAUGUAUAAUCUAAAUAUGCACAAGGCUAGACAAUUUUAUAGCUCUAGGAGAGACUGCAAAACCUUUUUAAAUCGCCAGAGGUGGGCGUGGCUUUGUAAAUGACUUAUGUCUAUUUAGGUUUAUAUAACAAGUGCAAUAUAAUUCAAGAUAUUAAAAAAAAAUUAAAGUUGAUAGAAGUCGUUAUGUAAGCCAAAAAGUCUGUUUGGCCACACAUAACGACGAAAUAAUUUAUGUAAUUUGAAUGAAACUUAUAAUGACUUAAAAUCUAUGAGGAUAUUUGGUACUGUCCAUCCCCGUAAUCAGCACAGGUCUUGGAAAAGAGGGUCAAGGUCAAAUUGUGUAUUCACAAAUGCAGUCCGGGACCGCUAGAUUCACCACUUUAAUAGGAUGAGCAUAAAAUAUAAGCUGGGAUUAGCAGAAUUGGACAAAAACCAAAUUGCAUAAAAUCUGAAACGAAUACACUAUAAAAAUAUAGUGAUAUUAUAAUUUAUGUAUAUGUGAGAAAUGUGUAACUUGUUUAUUUGAAAUUUUAAAUGUGUUUGACUUGAACGUUUUGAAACGUGUCUGGUCGAACGAUCGAACGAGUCCGUUUCCGUUCCGUUUGUCUAACGUAUUUGACCUUUGUUUGUUGAAAAUAUUUCUGGUCGCUUUCAUAUGAUUCUGUGUCUAAAUCGAAAUAAAAAAUGUAUCGUUGCCUUAUAUUUUGUAUAUAAGUGAUUUUAAUUAUACUUGUGAUAUAAUUGUAAAUACUGUUAAUAAACGUUACGUUAUAAGAA